AUGGCAAUUUCAGGGUCAGAGUCUCAGAGUCCCACUGUGAAAACCGUUCCUCAGGUGGAGGUUGAGUGUGUGAAAUGCGAUUCAUGCGGGUUCACAGAGGAAUGCACCCCUGCAUACAUCUCAAGGGUGCGUCAGAGAUACCAGGGUCGGUGGCUCUGUGGGUUGUGUGUGGAGGCUGUGAAGGACGAGGUGGUGAGAUCAGAUACGCUCAUCUCCACGGAAGAAGCGCUCAACCGUCACAUCAGUUUCUGCAGAGAGUUCAGAUCAUCAUCCCCUGUUCUGAGUAAAACAGAGCACCCCAUCUUCGCCAUGGGUCGGAUUCUUCGCCGGAGCUUGGAUUCUCCGAGGCCUCUCCGAUCGAACUCAAGUGAAGCUUUGCCAUCUGUUGUUGAUGGGGUUCGUGCCACACCCUUGCUUCGAUCCGAGAGUUGCUUCUCCUCCAUCUCUGGUUAA